AUGACAGGUCACGUCUUGGGGGAACCAGGUGGUGGGGCCCACAUGGAAGACAAUGCCGCCAUCUGCAUUAAUGUGGGCGGCUUCAAGAAGCGUCUCCCAUCGGACACUCUCUCCCGGUUCCCCGAGACGAGGCUAGCGCGUCUUCUCCACUGCCGGUCCAAAGAGUCUAUACUGGAGCUCUGUGAUGACUACGACGACACGGAGAAGGAGUUUUACUUCGACAGGAACCCAGCGCUGUUCCCCUACGUGUUAAAUUUCUACAACACUGGGCGGCUGCAUGUCAUGGCCGAGCUGUGCAUCUUCUCCUUCAGCCAGGAGAUCGAGUACUGGGGCAUCAACGAGUUCUUCAUCGACUCGUGCUGCAGUAGCACCUACCACUGCAGGAAAAUGGACCCGGACAGGGAGGACUGGGAUGAGCGUAGCGAUGAAGGGAGCACCACUUCAUCUUUUGAUGAGCUGCUGGAGUUUUACAAUGACGCGACCAAGUUUGACAAGCAGCUGUUGGGGAGUGCAAGGAGGCGUGUCUGGCUCAUGCUGGACAACCCUGGUUACUCAGUGGCGAGCCGCAUCAUCAGCAUCCUCUCUAUCCUGGUGGUGCUGGGCUCCAUCGCCACGAUGUGUAUGAACAGCAUGAGCGAGUUCAGCCUGUUGGACAAUGAGGGGCGGCCCACGGAGGACCCCCGCUUCGAGACGGUGGAGCAUUUCGGCAUCGGCUGGUUCACUUUGGAGCUGGUCGCCCGGUUCAUCGUGGCGCCGGACCUCCUGCAUUUCUUUGAGCACCCGUUAAAUGUGAUAGACUUGGUGUCCAUUCUCCCGUUUUACCUGACACUGAUUAUCAAUCUGGUGGUGGAGAGCAGUCCAGCACUGGCCAACCUCGGGCGUGUUGCACAAGUGCUGAGGCUGAUGAGAAUUUUCCGCAUCCUGAAGCUGGCCCGUCACUCCACGGGACUGCGUUCCCUGGGGGCCACCCUUAGAAACAGCUACAAAGAAGUGGGCCUGCUGCUUCUCUACCUCGCCGUUGGGGUUUCGUUUUUUUCUGUGAUGGCCUACACAGUGGAGAAAGAGGACAGUGAGGAUCUGUCCACCAUCCCGGCCUGCUGGUGGUGGGCCACUGUCAGCAUGACAACCGUCGGGUACGGAGACGUAGUGCCGGUGUCCAUAGCGGGCAAGCUGACCGCCUCGGCCUGCAUUCUAGCCGGGAUCUUAGUGGUUGUGCUUCCGAUCACGCUCAUUUUCAAUAAAUUCUCUCUCUUUUACAAGAGACAAAAACAGCUGGAAAUCGCAAUGAGAAGCUGUGAUUUUGAUGAGGGCAUCAAAGAGUUGCCCUCCGUCAACCUAAGGAACUAUUACGCACAUAAAGUCAAAUCCCUUAUGGCCAGCUUGUCAAACAUGAGCCGAAGUUCACCAAGUGAACACAGCCUAAACGAAUCGAUACACUGAAAGAAUUUUGAACAAGGACACCCCAUCAGGAGGGAUGAAGAGUUUUCAUCCAUUGUGGCAUGUGGCUGCAUGAGGAGCUGUCCAGGGUGCUGAAACGUCUGGCCCAAGAGCCCACUUCCCUUCCACUGACCGUUUGCCUCUCUGUAGCUCAGUGCAAUAACGUGUUGAUCUGUGUGUCAGUCCCGAUGAAAAAGCAAGCAAAUGUAUUGGAUAGCCUGAAUAUAAUAUUCCACUGUGCAUUAUUACAGCAUUUCACCGGAUAGGCCAACUGUUCAAACAAUUUCUUUCAGGCAAUUUGAUUACAUAGGAUCAAAAGGCAGUGAAUCAAGUAGUUGUUUACAAUCGUGUAGAUGGUGUCACAAGUCGUUCUAAUGAAAAUGUAGUCCACCCUUCAGCUAUACUUGUUGUGAUAAAUAUGUCUGAAGUAACUUAAAUUGUAUCUCUUAUGAAAGAGUGUUGAUAUGUUAUUGUGGUGUUGCAACAAACAGAUGUAUGGUUGAAGCAAACUAUAUUAAAGAAGAAACACCUAACAGUUUCUCAUUUUUCAUGUUUAAAGCGGUGGAAAACUUAAGUGCAUUGUAUCGGUCUACUUGAUGUUUCCUAAUUGUCAGCCUAAGUCAGUUAUAUUGACCAGGAUAAUAGCACAGGCACUUGUAAGCUAGAAGGGAAAAAGUGAAUUAAAGUAGCGAAUGACACAAAGCCUAAUGCUGUUUGACAGGCAUGGUGACAACCACUCAUAGCUGACAUGUUGAAUAAAUUCAUAUUCACAGUA